AUGCUCCCACAGGUCAUCCGGAUCCUUUACGUCUUGUCGUUCUGCUUUUUCCAGGGAGGCUUUAUCAGACUGAGCUCCUGUAAAGAGGAGAUAAAGCCCCCCGUCAGGGCACCACAGCUGUCGCCUUCCGACUUCCUGGACAAGCUCAUGGGAAGAACAUCGGGAUACGAUGCCCGCAUCAGACCCAACUUCAAAGGCCCACCCGUGAAUGUCACCUGCAAUAUUUUCAUCAACAGCUUUGGCUCCAUCACAGAAACCACCAUGGACUACAGGCUCAAUGUGUUUCUCCGCCAGAAAUGGAAUGACCCCCGUCUGGCAUACAGCGAAUAUCCAGACGACUCACUGGAUCUGGAUCCGUCCAUGUUGGACUCCAUCUGGAAGCCUGAUUUGUUUUUUGCCAACGAGAAGGGCGCCAACUUCCACGAGGUCACCACCGACAACAAGCUUCUGAGAAUUUUCCAAGAUGGCAGCGUUUUGUACAGCAUCAGGCUGACUCUCAUCCUGUCCUGCCCCAUGGACUUGAAGAAUUUCCCCAUGGACAUUCAGACGUGCACCAUGCAGCUUGAGAGCUUCGGCUACACCAUGAACGACCUGAUCUUCGAGUGGCUCUCCGAGAAUCCCGUCCAAGUGGCCGACGACCUCACGCUGCCUCAGUUUGUGCUUAAAGACGAGAUGGAUUUGGGCUACUGCACUAAAUAUUACAACACAGGUAAAUUCACCUGCAUCGAGGUGAAGUUCCACCUGGAGCGUCAAAUGGGCUACUAUUUAAUCCAGAUGUACAUCCCUUCGCUCCUAAUUGUUAUCCUCUCGUGGGUGUCCUUCUGGAUCAACAUGGAUGCCGCCCCCGCCAGGGUGGGCCUGGGCAUCACCACUGUCCUCACCAUGACCACGCAGAGCUCUGGCUCACGGGCCUCCCUGCCAAAGGUGUCCUAUGUGAAGGCCAUUGACAUCUGGAUGGCCGUGUGCCUUCUGUUUGUGUUCGCCGCCCUGCUGGAGUACGCAGCAGUCAACUUUGUCUCCAGGCAGCACAAGGAGUUCAUCAGGCUGAGGAAAAAGCAGCGGCAGCAAAGAAUCGAUGAGGAGAUGCUGCGGGAGAGCCGUGGAUUCUAUUUCCGGGGUUACGGAUUGGGUCACUACUUGCAGUCCAAGGACAGCACCGCCAUGGAGGGACCCACCGUCUUCGGCCCACCGCCUCCUGCGACUGUGCAUGACAGUGAGUUACUCCACAAGCGCUUCGUAGACCAGGCCAAGCGCAUCGACACCAUCUCCAGAGCCGUCUUCCCGCUGAGCUUCCUCAUCUUCAACAUCUUCUACUGGGUCACCUACAAAGUGCUGCGACACGAGGACAUCCAUGCCAAUUUGUAAAGUGCAUCCUCCUUUCUACGGAUUCUGCCAGGAUUUGCCUCCAUUGCAGAAUGGAGCAUUCGUGUUCCUCUUGUAAUUGGGAAUGAACGCUGUGCUCGAAAACGUUCAAAGCCCAAAAUAAAAAAGUUGAGCCGAGUGGAUUCAAGAAGCCGCAUUUGCCUCCAGUUGAAUUCCAAUGGUGGAUCCUUGACAGCGAUGUCAUUGAGGGAGGACUGAGGAGACUUGAAUUUCAAUACUUUACGUCUCUGAAUGUUUUCCAAAAUUCAAACCACGGUGGCUUUUCUACACUUUAAGUUCAAU